AGGUUGCUAGCUUAUUGUAAGCUCGUCUCGCAGUCUUACCGUCCGAUCCUUUGUCGAGCCGUAGUUUGUCAUUGGCCUUCUUCUCCUCCAUAUCCUCAUGCUCGUUAAUACUUUUUACCUCGUCAACGGUCAAGUAUAUCGGAGCAUUCUCGUCUCUCUUCAAAGUCGCGCGUCGAAACAUUGCGUAGAGCCCCUCGUGUGUCCCUGCUGCUUCUGUACCAAAGAUGAUCGGCAUGACUUCUUCUUUGCGGAUGUGUUGGGGAAGGUAGUGUUGUUGGAGGAUACUCUCGGAGUUGGCCAUGAAACGUGACCGUAACGCUGGCGUUAAGGUGCCUGGAACACUCAAUUAGAUAA